CGGAGGUAAAGGUAAAAACAAAACACAUGGCGAGACGUUCCCCCGGGAAGGAACCUCGGCACCUCGCCGGCCGUGCGUGCGCGCGUCGGUGAUCCCACCGGCGGGCUUCCCGGGCCGAGAGAGUAGAAAAAGAGGACGGAAAUGCGGAGUGGAGAGUGGUACGCCAACUUUAACGAACCCCAACGACGUACGUCCCCUCCCGUUCUUUCUCCCAAUAAAGCCGCCCCAACCGCUGCGCAUAGGAAACAAAACUGAGAAAACAAGACACUGUCCAUCUCAGCUUCCACUCUGCUGCGUCGUAAAGCUUCCGUCUCGGGUGGUCAAAACUCCCGGCGCGGGGUCGAGGAUGAGGGAGCAGGAGGGCGCUUGCGAGGCGGGGCGCCGGGGCGGCGGCGUCAUCAGGUCGCUGCUCGGCGUCGACAGCCCGCCCGCGGAGGACGUCGUCGUCGUCGCGGUCGCUCCCGAGGAGGACGGCGGCUCGACGAAGAAGAAGAAGGCGGAGGCCGUGGACGGGGAGCAGAGGAAGGCGGUGGUGCGGGUGGUGGCGGCCGACAUGCCGGCGGCGCUGCAGCGGCGCGCGUUCCGCUGCGCCCGCGACGAGCUCGCCUCCAUGCCGCACUUCCCGCGACGCCUCGAGCCCAAGCGCCUCGCGCUCGCGCUCAAGAAGGAGUUCGACACUGCUUAUGGGUCAGCUUGGCACUGCAUCGUAGGGACAAGCUUCGGUUCGUACGUCACGCAUGCCAGGGGCGGAUUCUUGUAUUUUUCUGUUGAUAAGGUUCAUAUACUGCUGUUCAGGACGGCAGUGGAGCCCUCGCCCCAUUGAGGAUUACCAGACGAAUGGUUCAAGAAUUGUAUACGCCGCGUGAGUGUGUGGCCAGGGCAUCCAUCCCAAAAUGCACUGUUCAGCUAGACCAACGCAUUGUAAAUUGCAUGAUGGCAAUGGAGACUUGAUUUUGCUGUCUA